AUGGAUAAUGUGCUGCAGCGAUCUCGACCCGCUGGCUUCUCAGGCUCCUGCAAUAGCGAUGAUACGCAGUCCAUGGGGGAUUGUGAGCCGAAUGCCGCACAAGUUAGCACCCCGGUGCCACCAACAGGUGGCCAAAUACGCGACAGCGUCCCUACAACAGGGCCAUUGCAGGAGCGGGAGAUCAAUGCGGUGCCGAUGCAAACAUUGAUGGAGGUGACAACUCCGCAAGACACGCCCGCCAGCGGCGGCAGAAUCGAGGUCGAGGCCGCAGCUCAAGGAAGAGAUUUGAUAUCCACCAGCGAACUGUCUCCUUCCCAUGCCAGUGACCUUUUCAUUUUAUUCAGGGACCGGAUGAACCGGUACCUCUGGGGGGGAGUCGCGUUUCCGCACGACAGUCUCCCACCCGUGCGGCGGUCGUCACGGCUACUUAGCACGGUCGUCUUCACCAUUGCCUCCUUACACGUUCCCGACAAGGAGGCGCAGUUUGAUAUGUGCUACAAAGAGUACGUGUCACUCGUGGCGGAAGCCAUGAUCGCUCGCCAUCACAACCUCGACGAUAUCCGAGCCCUGGUGCUGGGCGCCUUCUGGCUCCCCGAUCUGAGCUGGAAGUUAUCAGGCCUGGCGGUCCGGAUCGCUACCGAACUCAAUCUCCACCAGGCAUUCCAUCAGCCGUCGUCGUUUGAGGACGAAACCAAGUUUACCAAUGCUCGGCUUUGGUACUUGCUCUAUGUCUGCGACCGGCACUUCAGCAUCACACAUGGACGACCACCCAUGCUCAAUGGAAACUCGGCGAUUGACAAAUACGACAAGUUCUUGGCCUCGCCGCUCAGUACUCCGGGCGACAAACGGCUGAUCAGCCAGGUCGAUCUGUUCCAGACGCUCGAUGAAGCUUAUCACACCUUUGGUGCCGACACCACCUUGCCCCUGGAAGAGUCAAACUUUCAGGUACUCAGACAAUUCACCGUCAAGGUAGAGAAAUGGCGACUCGAGUGGGAGUCUCGCUUAGUUCUCGACCCCUUGAUUGACACGUACCCGUCCAAAGGGGUGGCCUUACACUACCAUCUCGCCAAACUGCAGCUCAACUCGCUGGCCCUCCGGGGCAUGUUGCUGGGGGCCAGUCUGUCGGUUGACCGCAUGGACGCAGCCCACGUGGCCGUCGCCUCGGCCAUGGCGGCGCUCCGACUCGUCCUGGACGAGCCGUGCAUUCGCGCGAGCAUCAUCGGCGUCCCACUCUUCAAGCACGCCAUGUUCACCUUCUCGGCCGUGUUCCUGUUGAAGGUGUCCUGCCAGUGGAAUGCCGCCCUCUACAUCGACCAGGCACAGGUGCUGGACCUGGUCCAGAGCGUCGUGGACCUGACGAGAAGCUUCAGCAUCAAUCGCCGACAUCUGGUGUACCACAUCACCAAGGGCCUGGCCGAAGCCGUCCAACGUAUCCGCGGCAAAGCCAUCAUCAGCCGGGAUGCCGACGCGCACCAGCAAAAUCAUCCACAAUCCCACAACGCGACAGGAUUGUCGGCUUCUUUUAUUGCCGCCCCACUGGUGGCCACCAACGGCAACGGUACGUCCCAUCCACAGCAACAACAACAACAAAAUCCACAGCGACUGCCACCGUCGUACUCUCCGGUGGAUCCGCACCUUGCGGACCUCUUCGACGAGUUUGCCGUGGCCGACGGCUUGAACAUUGCAGCCAACAAUUGGCUGUCGUACGUUUCAAUGGACGCCUACUCCUGCCCGUCGGCAAAUCCGCAAGAUACUGCCGCUCCGAUGGCAUGGGACAUGGAAAGUGGUGGUCACAACAACGCAGCUGGUGUUGAUGACGCAGGCGCCUCUCAUCAGCAUUUUAGUUGGGACUGA